UUCUUUUCACACUCUGCCAUCUUGCUCGGUGGCCGUCGUCUCGGCCUCUGGGUCCCCGAAUUACCAUCUACUGAUCCUCCUCGGGGGAUAGAGGCCGAUCCAGAAGCCGCACAAGAACCGCAACAGCCCAGAAGUAAAGAACCGCGGAGCCGCCAUGCCUCAGAACGAACAUAUUGAGUUACACCGAAAGCGGUAUGGUUAUCGCUUGGAUUACCAUGAGAAGAAGAGGAAGAAAGAGAGCCGUGAGGCUCAUGAGCGGUCACAGAAAGCUAAGAAGCUCAUCGGUCUGAAGGCCAAACUGUACCACAAGCAGCGCCAUGCUGAGAAGAUCCAGAUGAAGAAGACAAUUAAAAUGCAUGAAAAGAGGAAUACCAAGCAGAAGAACGAUGAGAAGACACCAGAAGGAGCUGUUCCAGCUUAUCUACUGGACAGAGAAGGGCAAAGUCGAGCUAAAGUUCUCUCUAAUAUGAUCAAACAAAAGCGAAAAGAGAAAGCAGGUAAAUGGGAAGUUCCUCUCCCCAAAGUCCGGGCUCAAGGAGAAACAGAAGUUCUUAAAGUUAUCCGUACAGGAAAGAGGAAGAAGAAGGCUUGGAAGAGGAUGGUCACCAAAGUUUGCUUUGUUGGAGAUGGAUUCACACGAAAACCUCCCAAAUAUGAAAGAUUUAUUAGACCUAUGGGCUUACGUUUUAAAAAGGCUCACGUGACUCAUCCAGAACUCAAAGCCACAUUCUGCUUACCUAUCCUGGGAGUAAAGAAGAACCCGUCAUCACCGCUUUACACAACUUUAGGGGUCAUCACAAAGGGAACAGUCAUCGAGGUGAAUGUUAGUGAGCUUGGUCUAGUCACGCAAGGAGGCAAAGUUAUAUGGGGAAAAUAUGCACAAGUUACAAAUAAUCCUGAAAAUGACGGCUGUAUUAAUGCAGUUUUGCUGGUAUAAUGUUCUCUUUGAACAUGGACUGGAUUCUGUUCUAAAUAACAAGGCCCACAUUGGGAAUUCAUCUUCUGCUGAACUUCAUAAUAAAGUUUGUGUUGAUAAGUC